AUGGGAAACACAGAAGAGAAACCAGAUGACCAGAAACCAGAUGAAAAAGGGGACCCAGAAGAGUUGUGCUCUGCUAAUCGACCAGACGCGGAUUAUAGCUGGAAACUGCCACACAUUGAUUUAUCACAGAUGAAUGAUCCGUUCAAUCUUCGCCCAGCAACCAAUUCGGUUCUACCACUCAAAGUCUAUGGACCACCACCAGUUCCAGAAGGAUUUGAAGAACAGUUGAAAUCAAGUGGAGGUCAUUUUGGCGCACUGUUUGCUCCAAUCCCAGGAUUCAACUACGACGUCAAGCCAACAAAACCACCAACGCCACCACUACCACCACCAGCAGCACCAACUGUUGUGGAUACUGUCCAUCCAAUCCACAUGGACUCUCCUCCGUAUCCUUAUAUACCCAGACCAAGAUAUCCAACGCAUCAGAUGCAUCCUCCCCCUCAUCAGAUGAGUCCGCAGUUUGGCGAGUAUUAUGUACCAGCUUAUUAUUUUCCUCACACUACUCACUUUCGGGAAAGAGCAUGGCGAGGACCACCUCAUCCUGAUCCACCAAUGGUCCGCCCACCGACUAAUCCAGAAGCGGGGAUGUUUGUUCCGGGAGGCCCUGGUCCAAGUUGA